UCCUCCAGCAAAAUGAAUCAUUGUGACAACUUUGCCCAAAAUGGCAGAAGAGCUUUCGCUGCUUCUUUCCGGGUGGGGCCUGCCCGAAGGCGUCAUCAGUCGCUUUGUCGCGGACGAUUGGACUAUAACUUCUAUAAAAAUCAUUACCGAGGAGGAGAUUCUUGAACUUAUUCCUACAAAAGGACCUAGAGCAUUGUUCUGCUACAAUCUAAACCUUCUCAAGAAUCCAGAUAAAUCUGCGAAUGAUCAAAAUCUCAAUGAUUCAGACGAUGAUGAUAAUAUUCGAGAUAACAGCAGCAGAGCUAAACGUCGGAAGCUAGAUAGCGCCAGGUUACAAUCAAUUCAAGAUGAACCCGACGUAAAUGAGAUUCACAAGCUUCUGAAAAAGACUUUACCGGGGCUGAUGAUUCUUGGAUAUUAUAAGGCCAACCAAACCCUCGACCACUAUACAAGAGAUCUCUUGUGUACUCAACUUCUCUUUAAAGAACUUGAGGAUAACUUUAACAAAGAGUUUACAAGAGAUGAAUGGAGUGCCUUGGCAGAUGAAAUAGUGACACUCUUUCCAACCGAAAGUAAGGAAACCUGGUAUGACGUUGUUCAUUCAGGCAAUAAAUCAACAGUGCAGGGAAGAUUGCGCUACAAAUAUUACUCCAUUCGGCGAGGGCUGAUCAGCUCCCUCCUGGUUACGACUAACUCGCAGGAAUUGUCCAGCAAUAAUGAGUCCACUAGCUUCGGUGAUCUUGGAGAUGACACUGAGGAUGAGGCCUUCAUGUGGCUGUUGACAAAUAGUGAGCCUUGGGAUCAGGUUGAAAUCAAAUGGGAGGAAACUCGGUUGAGAAGGAAGCGCCAUUUACAUUUGUGUGAAUAUGCUCAUGUCUACUUCGAGAAAUUCCCUUUACUGCGCCAGCCUCUGGGGUGGAAAUUGAUUGCUGCUGAUGGACAGUCUGAACAGCCAAAUCUUGAAUUCUCUCUCAGAGAGCUUUGGGUUGAGUACUCUGUAUUUCUUUUGAAUCUGAUCAGGCAAGAUCAACCUAGUUUCCUCAAAGGCCGCAAAUUUUCAAGUCUGACUGCUGAUCAGCAGUUUGUGUUUAUCUUGAAGGAACUACCAUCUUUAUUCAAAGUGAGGACCUUGCCGAAGAGUAAGAAAGCCAGCAGUAGAGACAGGGCCUGGAGGCCGUCAAGAGCAGAGGUGUUGGAUGGUGUGUGCUUACAUGUAACGGAAGUUGCACAAAUCCGUGAAAGAUUUGAGGAAAGGAAACUUCGCCUCUUGAAGUACAAAUAUUCUGUCCAGCCAGUUCCUGUAUUUCUAGGAAACUUAGGCAGCAUCCGACAGUGCUUCAUUGUUAUGGAUGAAACUAGGUGGGAAGUCUCUGAUGCAUUUGAGGCUUUUAUGGGCUGUUUCCAUAUUGCUUUUGGGCUUGGUGUCCAGUUCCCUACUGAAGCUAAGCAUAUAUGGGUGUUUCUUCAGAAGACUCUCUUCAAUAUCGAUACUGCUUCGGACUACAAGAAUGACCGUGGAUUGCGCUCAUUUAUUGCUAAUCGCCUGAAGGAAUACAACCUGUUCACCCGAAAAUGAUUUGCCCUCAGUGUGGCAAACAGUUUUCAACUGUUGAUUUGUUUGCUAAGCACCAUAAACAUUCACAUUCGUUGUUGCCUUAUUCAUGUAUUAGAAAGUGUGGACGGAAAUAUUCAACUUUAAAUGCAU